AGUAGGGCGGAUCUAUAGUCUGUUUCUCUUUAAAAGUCUGUGUUCUCUUGUGUAAUUUUGUUGGAUUGAUUAUGCCCCGGAAAAAACCGAGACAAAAUCUGAAAUACAGAAAGAAAAAUGACCAAUUUCCAGAUGAUGGAGGAGCACUUUCAUCAGCUCACUACAAGAAUGGCAAAAACAAUCAUUUAGAUUCAAAUAGUUAUAAGGGGGAGGAGAUUGGAUGUAUUAAAAAUGACAAUAAUUGCCCGCUUACUGAACCCUUUUUCUCAAACCCACAAGAUUUAGUAAUGAUUUGUAGUCCAUGCAUUACUUAUGAAGGAAAAGAAAUAUUUUGUGAGUGCUAUGAGAUUAAACCAGGAAAAUACACGGUAGCUAUAAUUAAUUAUCUUGCACAUAAUAACACAAACAAGUUCAUAUACUUGAAAUGUGGUAUUUGGAUUAUAUCUAUUGACCUAAAAAAUCUAUAUGCACGUAUAUUUGGAAUUGAAAUAGGACACUAUGAACUCAAUGAUAUUAAGAAAUUCCUUAAAAGUGCAUACAAGAAAGAGCACUACGCAGAAAUAAAAGCCCAGAUUUCAAAUAAAAAGCAAUGUGCUAGACUUAUGAUAAACAUGUUUCUUGGCAAAUAUGAUCUUUUUAAUGCAAAGGUCAAUGUUAAAGAAAACAUGUCUUCUGAGGCUUUUUCGAUUCUAUAUUCCAUUGCAAGUGUCAUAUGUGAAUCUGCUCGCAAUUUCCAAAAUUUCCCUUUGACUCUCAUGAUUUUAGAUAUGAUUGGAAUUGAAGAUACUGUUAAAACUCAGGAAGGCCUAUCUUUUUUAUUUGAAAAACAUCCAAUGGCACAUGGAGGAAGCUGGAAUAAUACACAGGAACGAGGAUUUGUUACAUUGACAGAUACAUUUAAAAAACGAGAGGAUGAAAUAAUUAGUAUUUGGAGAAAUAACAGGGGGGUUGAGGAAGUUACAAAAAGAAUGGAAGAAAUAGCAAGAAAACAAUUUAAAUAAAUAUUUUAAGAUGAUUGUAAAUCAUCUUGUUGUGAUAUUUUGAUACCAUGGUAGCAUUUGCUGAGCAUUGUUUUUGAUGAUAUUAUACAAAGGACCCUGUCUCUGCAAUGCCCUUUGUUUGAACCUCAUCUCCUCUUGCUGUGUCAACUGAAGAUUUUAUGGUGUGAAACUAGAUACUAAGGUUGGAGGGAAAACACCAACAAAUCACUCUUUUACUUAUCACUCCCUUGCA